AUGCUGGCAGCGUGCCCGGGUGAAGCUGCCCCCGGGGGCAGUUCUGUGGAGUGGCAGUGCUGCGGAGCCAUGCUGAGCAGCAGGACACGGCAGCAGGGCCCUGGUGGCAGCGGUCCCAGCAUGAGCACCCCCCGAGGGGGGAGUCCCAGAUGGGGGGAGGAGGGGGCAGGCUCCCGGCUGGCCACGCCCUUACGCCGCGGGGUCUCCGGCUGCGGGCGCCGCGGGAGGCCGCUGUCGGGCCGGCCGCGGGGGUCGCGGGUUCGAGCCUCCGCUGUGCCCGGUGGGCGAGCGAACAAGGGCGGCAGCGGGCGGGAGGGAGGGAGAGCCCAGGCGGCGGAGGCGGCAGGAAGCGGCGCCAUGUCCCUCCUCUGCGUGCGCGUUAAAAGAGCCAAGCUCCAGGGCCCCCCGGAAAAAUUCAACACAUACGUGACCCUGAAAGUGCAAAAUGUGAAGAGCACGACCGUUGCCGUUCGAGGGGACCAGCCGUGCUGGGAGCAGGAUUUCCUCUUCGAGAUCAGCCGCCUGGACCUGGGCUUGAUUGUGGAAGUGUGGAACAAGGGACUGAUCUGGGACACCAUGGUUGGGACAGUGUGGAUUGCCUUGAAGGCUAUCCGGCAGUCGGACGAGGUCACCAUGCAAUUGUGGGGCAUGCACCCGUGGGUGGCUCUGAAGGUGUCAUCAGGAGAGUUGGCAGCAGAUUCCGUGGCAUUUGUUGUAGGCCACGUUCUGACUGAGCCGUCCUCGGCUGCCUGA